AUGUCAGGCAAGGAAGACUAUGCCCCACCAACAGGAGCUCCUCCUAAUUGGUCCAACAAUAACCAGGGCUAUGUUCCUCAGGCUCAGCCCUCGUACAACAACCAACAGCAGGACAGAGGCUACCACCAACAAGGAUACCAACAACAAGGAUACGGUGCUCCUCCUCCUCAACAAGGAUACGGUGGCUACCAACAAGGAUAUGGUGCUCCUCCUCCACAACAAGGCUACUACCAGCAGCAACAACAACCAAUUCUCUUCAUCAUCUACCACUCGGACCUUUACUUCGUUUUGUUUUGCCAUGACGAUCCGAUUGCUCACGAGCAUUUUAAUAUUUAGAAGGUGAGAGCCAUGCUCAGCUCUGCGGGAAGAUCAAAAUCCUGACACUUCAUUAGGUGUGAGCAGACAUGAGAGCCAGGAUUGCACCUAUCAAAAUUAUCAAGCUGCAUAACCAAUGCUAAUCAAUAUCUAUUAGUAGACUUAAUAUAUACAAUCUGGC